GACGCUGCUCUGCGGCUAUCACGUGAUCGGAAGGCCUAGAAUUCUCCCCCUUCCAUCUUUGAGCAGCUGCAUUAGGCCGCGUCUCCUCGCUGCUCCGGUGGCUGUACGUCGUGUCCUGCGGUCCCCGUCAGGUCUCCCGUAGCCCACACCCGUCACCCGAGUCUGUUUCUUGCCCUUAGAAGUUCAGGCCGCCAUUUGUCAUUCGGCAUCCAGUACCUACGCAGCCGUUCUCCGCUGCCUUUGCCAGGACUUUACACCCGUCGCCGAAUUUCGCAUCUGAUUUCAGCUCGCGUUGAGGUGGAAGCCCCCUCGGCCCUUUACCAUGGUGAAGAAGAACAGCAUCCCCGAGAGAUGGCGCUCUUUGAGGUCAGUUGGACUGCGGGUCCCCGGCUCUCGGUUUAUUGCCUUUAAAGUGCCGUUGAAAGGGGCCACAAACCAGCGGGUAACACAGAACCAAAAGUUUACCCCUAAAGAUUUAGUGACCGCAAUUCGCACGCAGAAUGAAGAGCUUGGAUUAAUUAUAGACCUGACGAACACUGAACGCUACUACACCACUAAGGAUCUACCUAAAACUAUCCUGUAUGUGAAGCUGCACACUGCGGGGCUCAAAAUACCUGAUGAUGCCACAAUUCACCAGUUCAAGAGGGUUGUGAGACGUUUUCUGGCUGCCAAUGGCGAUAAUGAUAAACUGAUUGGCGUCCAUUGUACAACUGGGAUUAACAGGACAGGAUAUCUUAUAUGCAGAUUCCUAAUUGACGUUGAAGGAUGGAACCCCCUGCAGGCAAUAACUGCUUUUGCACAGGCUCGAGGCCACGCAAUAGAGGGAGCAGUAUACUCUGAAGAUCUCAUAAAAGGGCCCCAACGAAGCAAUGUUGGUAUAGAUCUCCCUCCAACUGCUGAAGAACGAAUGGCUCCUGAUAAUGGGCUCUUUAAUCCUCAGGAUGAUUUUGCAAGGGAUAAUGGACUCCGAGACCGACGACUCCGAUCUCUUCUUGAGCUAAUACCGGGAGAUGAGUUUGGAGAUUUUGAUGCCCGAGAGCCAAGGCCAUUACCACUGAUGAGAGCUAGGUCUGGUGACUACCCUGAAGAUAUUAGGGAUUUUUUCAAUGCAAGGCCUGAAUUUAGAGAUGGAUGGCUUCCACAAAGAGAGAUGAUGGAUGAUCGUGAUCUUUACAUGCAAUUUGAACAUCGCAAUAGAUAUUUUGCAGAUGGUUUGCCUGAGCAUCUGGUUUCUGAAAGAUUACGAAGGCAAGCUGAUUUUAAUGUAGGUGGCAAAUUUAAUCCUGAGCUAGAAAACAGGCAAGAUUUUCUUGGUACUGGACCUAGACCACUCAUGGAAAUUGGGGAUAAUUAUAAACUUAGAGAGAUGCAAGAGAUGGAUUUUGCUGAUAGGGUAAGAGGUCGUUCGAGCUUUCAUCCUCGUGAGUUUCCUCAAGAAAUGCAAUAUGAAGAUCCGUCCGCUCAUCCUUUACCACCAUUUGCACGUGGUAAAAUGAACAAUGCUGAGUUUGAAAUGUCGGCAGAACACAGAAUGAUGGCUGCAAACAGCGAUAUAGUCUUUCGAGAAAGAUUGCGCCAGCAGGAGAUUCGUAGAAUGGAUAAUGAAGACCCUAGAUUUGAUCCCAGAGAGAGAAAUCUAAUGUCUGGUUCAUUCCGUGGACCUAUUAAUGAAAGGAUGCAUCCAAGAGAUGUAAGGGCAAUGGAAGGUCCUACCAUUGAAACAAGAAAUGCACAACUUAUGGAUGAACCGUCAAAUGAAAUGAUGCACCCAAGAGAUAUACGAGCUAUGGAAGGUCCUAUGAACAACAGAAUGCAUCCUAGAGAUGCACGUCUCAUGGAAGGUCCCAUGAAUGAAAGGAUGAAUCAAAGAGUUGAACCGUUCAUAGAGGGUCCUAUGGCUAAUCGGAUGAAUCAAAGAGAUGGACUAGUUAUAGAAGAUCCUGGGAAUGAAAGACUUGCCCAAAGAGAUCCCAGAGCUAUUAAAAGUUUGAUGAAUGAAAGGAUUUAUCCUCGAGAUCUGCAGGCCAUGGAAGGGCCAAUGAAUGAAAGGAUGCACCCACGAGAUGGGGGCUCCAUGGCAGGGACAAUGAAUGAAAGGAUGCAGCAAAGAAAUGCGCAGUUUAUGGAAGGCCCAAUUAAUGACCAAAUGAAUCCUAGGAAUGCUCGAGAAAUGGAAGGUCCAAUGAAUGAAAGGAUGCACCAGAGAGUUGCACAGCUCAUGGAGCUUCCCUUGAAUGAAAGGAUGAACCCAAGAGAAGGACGACCUAUGGAAGGUCCUAUGAAUCAAAGGAUGCCUCUAAUGGAUGCACGAGCCAUGAAUCACCCCAUGAAUGAUAGGCUUCCCCUAAGGGACGCUCGAACCAUGGAGGGACCCAUGAGUGAACGAAUGCACCCAAGAGAUGCACGAUUCAUGGAGGGUACUAUGAAUGAACGAAUGCACCCAAGGGCUGCACUAGCCAUGGAGGGUUCCAUGAACGAUCGAAUGAACCAAAGGGACGCAAUAGCCAUGGAAGGUGCCAUGAAGGAACGGAUGCACCCACGAGAUAUUCGAACCUUAGGGGGUCCCAUGAAUGAAUUGAUGCACCCAAGAGAUGCACAAGCUAUGGAGGAUCCAAUAAAUGAGCGAGUGCACCCGCAUGGUCCUGAAUUUCCAAUGAACAAGCAAAGAACUAUGGAUGGCCCAAUGCAUGGUGACUUUGUGAAUGACACAAGACCAUUUGAAGGAAGAAAAGUGAAUCCUUCUGAAGUACCGGUGAGGGGAGGCAACCGGUUUGCUCCAUAUCCCUCCCUUAUGCAGCCCAUGCAGCCUCCAGAGCUGCUUAGGGGGCCCCCGAGACUCGACAACAGAGACCCUCGCGAUAUGUUGCCUCAACAGCAAGGCUUUGGUUUCCCGCCAAGAAACAGAUUCAAUUGAACCCGCCACUCCACUAUUUUGUUUGUUUUUACCCUUUAUGUUCAGUCACUGAAAUACCAAAUAAUGGUAGUUGUGAGCCUUAUUGUACACCUGUUGUUUUUUUUGUUUUGUUUUUUCAAAUGUAUCACGUGCCAUAGGCCUUGUUACAUGUGACAUUAUUAUCCUUUUUAUCCCUUUAACAAAGGAGCCAUUUUUAUGGGCAUUAUAUAGCUACAUUACAAGUUGAACCAGCAAGAGUAUUGUCUAAUAAAAAAACAAAAUUUUGCUGACGGCCUACACACAGCGGAAGCAUUCAUUUUGCCGACUCGACCAUUUGGAAUGAGUUGCAUCACUGAGGCAAGAAGAUGGUGUUCUCAUAAAUAUACAGAUAUGUCCUCAUACAUUAUUGCUGCAGUCACACCAAACAGCUCCUCUCAGUGCGUCAUGUACGGUGCGACUCUGCUAGCGCUGGGCGUCCAUUACAGCAAAAUGCCCCUUAGUUGUAAUGCAAUGCGACUAGGACGCACUACGAGACUGUGCUGAUGCACCACUUGUAUAAUCUGUAUGUUACUCUGUAUACAAAGCGCUAUGAUGCAGUGGCCGUGGCUUUUUUCCACGCCAAGUUCCGUUGCGCUUUGUACACAGCAAUGCAAGUGUUGCGUAUCAAACAGUACAUUCUCCUGGUGCAUCCCAGUCACAUCACAUUGCAUCUAACACGCAUUUAUUGGGGCAAAAAAAGGUACUAGCAGAGUCGUUUGGGACCUGGUGGCUCACUUGCGCCAGGUGUCCCGUGCUGCAUAGUGUAUGCAGAUGUAUGAGGACGAGGAUGUAGAUGUAGGAGGAUCAGCCUGCAUAUUGUUUGGUUCCAUGUUGUGUGGUCAAUAGUUACUUUAACAAGCACAUAUAGAUUUUGCCACUUUUGAAGAUUGAAUAUACCCCAGUUAUAACUGGCUGUGUAGUCCAUUUUACUUUCUAUUGUUUACUGAAUUCUUGUAAUCCUAAAAUAGAGUUUUACAUGUACAGUAUAUACAUGUCUAUUUCCCAUUUAUCUCCGAUAUGAGAGGAACUGAUAUUUUAACUAUAAUUUCCCUUCCGGAAUUGAUGUUUUGGUGGACUGGAGACUAGUUGACAAAGUGAAAAAGACUCUAAUGCAUUUUCACUGUAUCGUUGUACAUUCUCAAAUAAACUUUUCCUGUGUUGUGUUUAA